AUGACUUGCUGCGGAAACCGUAAGAAGCAGGUUGUGGGGAUUGCUGAUCAGAAAUGGGAAUACAUCAACCUUCGCGACUUUAAAAGUCGUGGAUGCGGAACUGUAUUCGCUUAUAUCUACCUGUGGCUUAUGCUUCUUGUUUCAGUUGCUGUCUAUGUCGUCGACAGUUUUACUGCAGUCAAUCUACUUGUGUUCGAUCGUUGGUCUUCAAAGAUUGAUCCUGCCAUCUCUUUCGACGUCACGAAAUGGAUCUUCUCUAUUUGCAUUAUUCUCUCAUUCAUCAACCUAGCUUACGAGGGUUUCCGCGCCUUUCGGGUUAUCAGAAGAGGCAACGUUGCGGAAUCCUAUCUUGACAGCUUAGCUGUUCGAUGGGAAUCAAUUCGCCUUGGUUCUCAAGGUUGGAAGAGAUUCCUAGUCUUUGCUGAACUCACCAAAAGUAAAGAAGGCGCACAGUACAUUGCGCUUUUCACGUACUUCAACUUUCAAGCCUGGAUCCGAGUCAUCAUCUGCUCAGGUCCUCGUCAAGUUCUCAAUGCUUUCACACUCAAGUCAGUGUAUGAGGCACAAUUGACGCCUACAGCAGACAAUGUAGGCGAGUCCAUUGCUGGAUUCUUUGAGAAAAUCAAGAUCCUUGCCGAAGAAGAUUAUCAACAGGCACUUAUUCUCUCCGGAAUGUGUUUUACUUUGGUUAUCUGGGUGUUUUCUGCGCUUUUUCUUCUCGCUGCCGUUCUGUUUUGGGUAUUCUUUCUGUACCAUUGGAUUCCUGCAGCAGACGGUGGUCUUUCUGGCUACUGCGAGCGGAAGGUCACCAAGGCGUUGAUGAAGAUUGUCACAAAGACGGUCAACAAAGCUCUAGCUAGGGAGGAGGCCAGCCGCAUAAGAGCUGAAGUCAAGGCGGCCAAGAAGAACGGAGAGAAGCCUCAACUCGAUCGAGCUGCCACCCUACCAACUUUGCCAAACGUUGGCCCAGUCACUAAGAUGGAUCACCUACCUAUGCUCAACCGUAACGACACUAUGAUGACACUGCCGCCUUAUACUUCACGGCCCGGUACGCCAGGUGGCAUGGAGAACGCACCCUCGGCUCCAGAACGAACUGUGCCGUCCAGACAGGGCACUACAGCAUCUAUCGCGAGCUACGCAUCCCGGGCCACUUCUAGAUCUGGAGGUGGAUAUGGACGGAUUGCAUCCCCCGUGCCUGAUGUGCCCCCCAUUAACUACCAGGGACACACCCAGCCGCGAUCUACUACAGACAGGCAUGAUAACUUCGGCCCUUAUCCUGCAAACCAAAUGGCAAUGGACCCAAUGACAUCUCUUCCUGGUCGAUUUACAGAGAGCCCUGGCCCAAUGAACUCUGAUAUGGCACCUUUCUUCCCUCCCCCGACUCGCGCUCCUAGCGCUCGCCCUAUGGAUAACUUUUCGCAGCCCAUGGGAACAUUCCCUUCUGCUCAGGCGUCCCAAACGGGCCCAAGGGAAUACCAAGCCUACAAUCCUGGAGGUCGCAUGAGCACUGUAUCAUCUGUGAACUCUCAGCAGGGCGGAGCCGCAAUGCAACGGCCCUUUAAUCCUCCAGUACGAAGUGCCACAGGGCCAAUGCCUUUUCGAGAACCUCCACGGAGGAACUUGACGAACCCAAUGCCGCCUCGCGCAGCAUCUGCGAGACCUGAAAGAGCUCCUCCCUAUAACUAUGACGUUGAAUCUCAAAGACCAAGGGGUUGCCAGAGGCUUUUAAAGGGCGGCAUGACCAAGCUCUUGCUUUUAAACAUCCUCUUUCCCAGUCUUGCACUGAGCUUACAAUACGCGUUUCAAAGUCAUUCACUACAAUCUUACGGAUCCUUUAUUAACAGCAAUAUGCCCUCAGCGACCUCAGAAUGGCACGAUGGCGAACUGGCCGUGCAGAAGCAACUCAAAGUCCCUAAAAGAGGGAACCCAACGUUUCCAGGUUUAGCACCCCAAUAUGGCAUGCGAGUGAUGCAGUCCUCCUUGGUAGCCCUGGGAACGCUGGAUAGCGAAGGUCGCCCAUGGACUACAGUAUGGGGUGGAGAUCGGGGCUUUGCGAGACCAGUAGCUGAAGGCGUACUCGCGUUUAACAGCUCAGUUGAUACUCGCCAUGAUCCUGUUUUCAGAGCUCUGUGGGAUGGGAUUGAUGAUGAGGGCGUGAAAGAGGGCGCCAUUAACAGGCCAAAUGGAGGCGAAGGAAAGGGAAUGGCAGGGUUGUCUAUCGACCUGGAGACCAGAGACCGCGUGAAGCUGGUAGGGAACAUGAUUGCUGGUGCCACUAUAGAGGAAGGCAAAGCAGUACAGAUGGCCAUGGGUGUAACCGAGAGUCUAGGCAACUGCCCGAAAUAUCUCAACAAGAAGGAUAUUGUGCCUAAUGAGAUGGCACCAGAGCUUGUCUCGGACAAGCUGCCCCUGUCACAGGAGGCCCUAGAUUUGGUUGCAGCGGCAGACAUGUUCUUCUUGUCGAGCACAAAUGGGGUCACCAUGGAUACAAAUCAUCGCGGAGGAAGUCCUGGGUUCAUGAGGAUUGUCAAGAAUGAAAACGACGGGUUGGAGCUGAUAUAUCCAGAGUUCUCAGGCAAUAGACUAUAUCAGACACUUGGUAACUUCAGAGUGAAUCCACUGGUUGGCAUCGCUAUUCCAGAUUAUAACACAGCCGACGUUCUUUACGCCACAGGCAGCGCAUCAAUACUUGUUGGUGAUGAGGCUUCUUCUUAUCUCGCAAGAACAAAACUUGCCGUCAAGAUCUCACUUACUGCUGCAAAGUUCGUCAAGUCGGGACUACCUUUCCGAGGUGCUCUGGGUGAAUACUCGCCUUACAACCCACCUGUUCGUCACUUGCUCUCAGAGCACGAUGCACAUAUUGCCGAGGCCUCAUCAAAUGGUAUCACGGCAAGCUUCGCUAAGCGCGAAGUUCUUACGCCUUCCAUUGACCGAUACACCUUUGAGCUAUCUUCGGCACAGCCUAUCAAGGCAUGGCACGCAGGACAGUAUAUCACGUUGGACUUUGAGCAGGAAGUGUCGAGUGGCUACAGUCAUAUGGCCGAUCACGAUCCUCAAAGUAUCAAUGAUGACUACGUCCGAACGUUUACUGUGUCAAGCCCACCAGAGAACAGUAAAGAGGUACAAAUAACAACGAGGAAACAUGGCCCGGUAACAAACUUCCUACGAAAGCACAACUCUCGUGUGCCUUUGGAGAUACCAGUGAUUGGCUUUGGCGGCGAAGAGGGUUUCCGCAUCCCUUUAGAACCGAAAGGCCCUCAAUCCGUCUUUAUCGCCGCUGGUGUAGGAAUUACGCCUGUCCUCGCACAAGCACCCGCUGUACUUCAGCACAAGGCUCUAUUUGCACUCCUCUGGACCCUGCGCUACGAGGACUUACCGCUCGCGAGUGACACGUUCUCGAGAAUCCCAGGGCUGUCAAAUGUGACUACACUCUUCGUCACUGGUCAGCCGGACAAGGUGGACUUGUUGGAGGAGGCCGAGCGGGCUGGGACACGGGUAGUAAAGCGACGAAUAGGCGCUGAUGAUGUCGAGAGCUUUAAGGGCCAAAACGCCCGUUUCUUUCUGUGCACGGCGCCAGCUCUGCUGGCUGCUCUGGAAGGCUGGUUGCUGGGAGAGAAGGUUGUCUGGGAGGACUUUGGAUAUUAA